UGUGUGAAUAAUCGCCACCUACUGGUUUGACACAUCAUCAUGGAGUAUACCUCAGAAAAACUUGAAAUUCUUCCCAAAUCACCAUGGGCAUGUCUACUGUGGUAUAAUUGUUGCCAUUUGUUGUUCAGUUUAUUUUAUUUUGAUAUUUUUUGUUCUGUUUUUCCACCUUCUCCUCCCGCAUGAUGAUUUUUCGCUGUCCGGCCAGUGGGCGGCGCUUGUUCUGUUUGGUGGGACUUGCAAGCUUCGGAGUCUGGCGCGCAAUUCGGUUUGUAAAACUGAGGGCUUGAGUGUGGUUGCCGUUGACAUUUUGGUUUCUCCUUUGUUGACUGGCCGGCGUGCGAUGAGAUAGCUUGGCUGAACAACUGAAAAUGACCUGCUCUCAGUUCAGUGGCACACCCGCCGAUAACGAAAAGCUGUUCCAGGAUCUGCUGGACCGUCUUAGAGAGUGCCAUGACAGUGUAGUGCAAGGACUUCAGUCAAAGGUGAACAAACUAAAGAAGGAGCGCUGUCUUGAUGCACAAAAACUGGAGCAGUUCUAUUACAAGAACCAGCAGUUACGUGAGCAACAGAAAACCCUGCAAGAAUCAGUCAAAUUCCUAAAGGACAGAUUGCAGUCUGGACCUUGUGAUCACUGCAGUGAGAGUGAAAAACAGAUAAAAACGACACAAACAGAGUCUGAAAAUCAGAAUAAUCUCUCACUUCUCAAUGAGCUCAAGGCGGAGAGAGACAUUCUUAAAGAAGAGAACAGAAAGCUUAGUCUGCAGUUGGCGCAAAUACGGGCACAUGGUUUACAGCAGACAUCAUUCUCAGAGCCAGAGGAAGGCAUGAUCCCAGACUCUCCACUACAGUCUAUGUCUUUUCCUGUGACCAGCAAGUUGAAGCGCAAGAGAGAGCAAAGCCAUGUCCGCUAUGCAGAGCAACCACUUUCACAGCCACUACCUGACAUCCAGAAACGAGAAUUUAUGCUGUCAAGCUGCAGAGAUGUGCUUGUCCCGGAGACAUGUGAUCUGGAUGUGAUGUGUGUUACAAAGAGCAAUACCAAGAUCAGUGGCAGAACUGUGGUUGCAGAAACAUGUCGUCUAGACCUGUUUUAUGAGGACUCUGAGAAUGAUACAGCCUCUCAGAUGCAAGCAAAGAGGGAAAAGGAUUCCACUAUAUUAUCAACAACUGCAGGUAUUACAAGCAUCAUUGUCUCUAAAGACCAUCCAUCUGUUUUGAGUGGUGCUGCGCAUGAUUCUCGGGAGCAGAAACCGAUAGAUUCAGGCGGCAGUCCAUGCCGCAAGCCCCUUGCACAUCUGUCCACUUCAUACAACAGCAGUAGAUUUAGCCAUAUAGAAGGGGAGAAACGAAAGCACGUAUUUGUCUCUCCUCCUUCUGAUGGUUGUCUAGGAGUUAAAGAACAGCAUAUCCGGCAGAACCAUGAAUGGACAAAGUCUUCAAAGAUACAGGAAUCACAUGAAAACAAAAGUUGGGAGCCAGAAGAAGCCAGGCCUGAUCAUCUUUCUCCAAGUACUCCAUGCAAGAGUCCCUUGCAGAGCCAGAAUUUUAGCCCUUAUGAACAGAGCUGGAGUUUAGACCCAGGAGCUGCUCUGUCACAGUAUGGUAUAGAAAUCUCCCCUCAUCCAGAGCCCAGAGUACAGACAGCGACUGUGGACAUGGACUGCACGUAUGUGAGCCAUAGUAUGCUGGUACGUAGCCGAAAGCAGACUGGCAUGGAUUCGACAGACAGUGUCACAGGAAUAGGGCAGAAGGCUAACGACAGCCUGGCAAACAUUUUCGAUACUUCCGGCCAUGGAGAGUAUGAGUCCUGCCCUCAGGAUGAGAUGUCUGCCUUGGAGCAUGACCAUGUUCAUGAGCAUGAGGAAGAAGAGGAAAAGCAAGGUGAUGUAUGUGAGAAGGAAGAGGAUAAAGAAGAGAUGGAAGAAGAAGGGAUUAUGGAAGGAGAUUUUCAGGCACCCUUCCCAAGAGCAGGAGAUAAGCCCACUGGAGAUGCUGCUGACAAGUCUUUUGCUUGUGUGGAAGUUGUACGCAAAAAACAUGAGAGGAGGAAACUUCAAGGACACACAUGCAAAGAGUGUGACAUUUACUAUGCAGACUUGCCUGAGGCAGAGAGACGGAAGAAACUGUCAUCCUGCUCGCGGCAUCGUUUCCGAUACCUUCCCCCCUCCACCCCAGAAAAUUUCUGGGAGGUGGGCUUUCCUUCCACACAGACCUGCGUGGAGAGAGGAUAUAUUAAAGAAGACAACCAACCAGAUCAACGAUUGAGGAGAAGUAGACCUUACCUUGCUACAUUCUCACCAAUGGCUAAAAAAUCACAGAAAUGACACUGUAAUAAGACUGUACAAUAGCUUCAAGUUCACACCAUCGUCAAAUCUGUAUAAUAACACUAUUAACACUCUUAACACUACUAUCCAAGUCCAAGGAAAAUUGCUGUAAUA